UGACGUUUCAGUUUUGAAUGGUGUAGGUGUUGCCGAUGGUCACUCGUUGGUUCUGGAUAGUUUUUGGUGUAUUUCUGGGUAAUUAGAGUAACUGUAAACCAAUUCUGGUAAAGGAAAUAUUUUUAGGUCAUCAAGUGAGGAAUACUCAUGUGAAAAUACCAUUUGCAAUCCUCGGGCGGGCGAUCUACUCAUUGGACGGGAGAGUUCUUUGUGGGCUUCUUCAACAUGUGGAUUGAAUGAAGUGGAAGCAUACUGUGUCGUCACAACAAGUGGAAGGAGUUUUUGCAAGGAGUGUACAUCUAGUCAGCCGUAUAAUGCCCUAACAAAUCCAGAAAGUCAUCGAAUUGACAAUGUGGUUUCUCGAGUACCGAGCAAUCCUGGGCGAUGGUGGCAGUCAGAGAAUGCAGUGCACAACGUCUCCAUCGUGCUCAACUUAGACACCCAGUUUCAAUUCAUUUCGACAAUUCUCCGCUUCAAAACCUACAGACCUGCUGCUAUGUACCUAGAAAGGUCCUACGACUUUGGCCGCACUUGGAAAAAGUACGCUUAUUUUUCCAACAACUGCAAACGAGACUUUCCGGCGGUACCCGAGGGAAGCAGACGUAGCCUGACGGAUGUGACCUGCACGGGAGUUUACAGUCAGCUGACUCCGUCAGAAGGUGGAGUUGUGGCGUACAUGGCAGCACCUAGUGAAAUGCACGAAUCUUGGCCUCAGUACAGUAAGGAACGAAUGAACCUGACUGCUAUCACCAACUUGCGCGCCGUGUUUACUAGGUUAAACACUCUGGGUGACAUGAACGUUGAUGAUUCCUCCCUUAUACGCCGGAAGUACUAUUAUGCACUGUAUGAGUGGAACGUUUGGGGACGUUGCACAUGCUUUGGGCAUGCGAAGCAAUGCAAACCGAAAUCCACAGCUGAGAUCAUCAAGCCAGAGAAAGUAUACGGAGUCUGUGAGUGUACUCACCAUACUGCAGGAGAAAACUGUGAAACAUGCGAGGAUUUCUACUGGAACAAACCUUGGAGGCCCGCUACAAAAGAUUCACCGAACGCUUGUGAAAAAUGUGAAUGUAAUGGCCACGCAACCGCCUGCUUUUUCAAUCCAAUCUUGUAUGCAAGUUCUGGAAACGUUUCCGGUGGCAACUGUCAUGGAUGUAUGCAUAACACCGAGGGAGUCAACUGUGAAUACUGUCAACAAAAUUUUUACCGUCACCCAGACUAUCCGAUCAACCAUUCAAUGACCUGUCAGCCUUGUAACUGUCACACCGACGGUGCUUUGUAUGCUGGGUUUUGCCAGCAGUAUACGAUUCCAGAGCAGAACAGUGUGGCCGGAAGAUGCUUGUGCAAAAAGAACGUUGGCGGUGAGAAAUGCGAUCGAUGUAAAGUUGGAUAUUGGAACUUCCAGGCUUCAAAUCCUGAAGGAUGUGAACCUUGCACGUGCAACAUGAUGGGUACGCUUGACAACGGAGGCUGUGACCCGUACACGGGUUUGUGCACAUGUAAACGGUUUGUCGGCGGACCAAAUUGUGACCAAUGCCUGGAAGGCUACUUCAACCUGACUCUGGCCCCGCUCGGCUGUCAAGAAUGUGCCUGCAGUCAGCUUGGUGCAAAGAACCCCAAUUGUAACCGGGCCACUGGUCAAUGUGAAUGCAAAGUUGGCUUCACAGGACGUGAUUGUGCCCAAGUAGAGGAUGGGUAUUAUGUUGUACCUCCAACUGAAAUUAUUGACGGCAGCGCGGAGAAGGAGAUAACAGUUGAUGGUCCAAAAGGCGAGGGACGAUUUGUCAUUGUGUUGGACGUGGACCCAAAACAAUUUGGAGAAGGAGAUCAGUGGACAAUCAUUGUGAAACCCUAUCAACAUGGAGCAACGCGUUGUCAGAACCCUUCCCAGACUGUCAAUGUAUACCAAGAUACCAGCAAAAUCAUCAUAUCCGAUGUGUGCCUUGAGGCGGGACUACCUCUUGUGCUACGAAUUAUGCCAGAAUCCCAACCAAGUGGACCUUACACGGAAAUACUCAUCACAGAUAUUGUUUUGGUACCGACGGACGAUAGCGGACUAGCUCGCCGAUGUGAAGUAUAUAGAGAACUCGCGAUGGACAUAUUGUCUGGACGGACCGAGGACCGAAGAGGCCUACCACCAGAGUGCGAGGUCUACUUCCGUCUACCGCGAGUGAGCUGGCGCGAAACGGGAUCGGUGGCUGAACGUUGCCUUUGUAAUACCACCUGGUCUGAAACGGAUGUCUGUGAUAAGAUGACCGGCCAAUGUGUCUGUAAGCCAGGUGUGGUGGGGAGACGUUGUGAUCGCUGUGCGCCUUAUCACUACGAGUUCGGGUCGAGAGGAUGCAAAGACUGUGCCUGUAACCCUCAGGGUUCCGUCAGUCUUCAGUGCGAUCCGGAAACCACACUGUGUCGGUGCCAUGAAGGAAUCGUCGGAAAGCAUUGUGAUACUUGUAAACCUGGAACUUGGAACUUUCCGCGGUGCCAGCCAUGUUUCUGCAACGAGAUGAGCAACAUGUGCAACCAGACUACGGGUCAGUGUGAAAAUUGUCGGGAAAACACUGGCGGUAUGUACUGUGAAAAGUGCAAAGAAGGCUUCUACGGUGAUCCACAGCGUGGAACACCUUGUAAACCAUGCGCAUGUCCUGGAGGAGGUGUCAAUCAUGCUACGGAAUGUCGAAUGGGUCCUCUAGAAGAACAAAUUUGCUAUUGUCAAGUUGGUUACACAGGGGCGCGGUGUGAUGAAUGUGCAAUGAAUUAUUUCGGGAAUCCUACGGAACUUGGCGGAUCAUGUCGUCCUUGCCAGUGUUCGGGUAACAUUGCCCUCAACGAACCUGGUGGCUGUGAUCCCCAAACCGGACGCUGUUUGAAAUGCCUGCACAAUAGUGAAGGCUUUAAUUGUGAUGUGUGUAAACUUGGAUAUUGGGGUGACGCCACCAGGCAAAUGUGUCAACCAUGCAACUGCUACGCUCCAGGAAGUGUAGACGAGGCUAAGGCAGGAUGCAAUCGUGAUGACGGUCAGUGCCCCUGUCUGCCAAAUGUAGUUGGUGCAAGAUGCUACGAAUGUGCACCGGGUUUCUUCAACCUGACUUCUGGCAAAGGUUGUGAACCGUGUCAGUGUGACCCAACGGGGUCAGUGAGUGAUAAGUGCGAUGCGAUUACCGGUCAAUGUCAGUGUAAACCGGAUCGAAGUGGCCGCAAAUGUGACCGAUGUCGUCCCACGUUCUACGGUAGUCCGAACGAACCCGAUGGUUGCAAACCCUGCAACUGUGACCGGUCUGGUGCAAUCAGCGAUUUUUGUGAUUCUGUCACUGGACAAUGCCCUUGUCGCACUGGAGUCGCUGGACGUCGCUGUGAUCGGUGCGAUCGUGGGACAGAAGGCCAACUGCCUAACUGUCGGCCAUGUGGAGAAUGUUGGACUAAUUGGGACAAGGCGAUCGAUAAGGUUACAGCUGAACUGGAUCGCUUGCGAAACCAAACAGGACGUCAGCUGCCAUCGGAUUUGGAGGUCCUUUUCAACGGUCUUGUGGAUCUACUGCAACAGAUUGAGAAAGUUCCGUGGAUGAACAUCGAAGACCAGAAAAUGGAAGAUUUACAAAAAAUUCUCAACAGAACCAAUUCGGCCCUUCAAGAACUAUCUUCGUUCGAAGAAACGCCGGAAAGUUUGAACGCCCUGUCGGAAAAGCUGAACGUGGAUUUGCAAGAAGAGAUGAAUCGUGCGAAUGAAGUGGCUAAAUUGUACACGAAGAUCACCGAACUUACAGAGCGCCUGGACAGCAUUUUGGAAGAGGCCAAGAAGGCUGAAACGCAGCUACCUGAAGGUGCAUAUCUGGCGGUUCAACGGGCCACAGAAAUAGAGAAACAGGUAAGAAGCAUAAAGGAGACAAUUGAAGGUCAACGUGCUUUGAUGGAAGACAAUUUGAGCAAAGCCAAAGCCGAAGUGAAUGCGAUCAGGUUGAGAGGAAAUGCGCUUGCUGAUGACUGGUCCCAGCUUGAUCGACGACUUGGGGACUUCCGGGAUAAUAUUCGUCAGACCAAUCGUCGCCUAUGUGGUGACAACGACUCACCGCCUGAGGAUGCUGAUAUAUCAGUUUGCCCGUCCAGCUGUGGGGGCGCGGCUUGUGACUCGGUCUCACGUUGGCUUGGACCACGGGGCUCGAGUGUCGUACGUAAUACACGGAGUGCCAGUGUACUAUUCCCCACAACAACAGCCGAUCCAGCCGUCGAGGUCACUUACGACACUGGUCUUAUUGGCGGAUGUGGUGUGAACGAACGUUGUAACGCAAGUGUCGGUGGUCGGCUUCGCACGCUGAUGGAACAAAAUCUUGAUCUGCAAACGCAGCUUGCCAACGCGGUACAAGGAGUCAAUCGUGCAGAAAGUUUAAUCCUAAAGGUACACGCGGAUCGUAAAGAGGCCGAAGGGACGGUAGAAAACCUAACAAACACAUCGCGCGCUCUCUCUGAACGCCUAGAAUUGACUUACAACGUCACAACUACACUGAUUGAAGAGUCCGGUAACUUCAUGAACCUCUACGGAAACUUGACGAAAGAGGAGUUCGACAAAUUACUUCAGGCGGUUCAGUCUUCAAAGCUGAAUGUCACUCAGACAGAAGCCUGGGAUAUUGUGCGUCAGUUGGAGCAGCUCGCUAGAGAUCUUAAUGGACGAGUUAGAGAAAUACUACGAGAAACGGAAACUGAUCGUCAAAUGUCACAGGAUCUGGUUACACGUGCUGAGCUUGCAAGCAAAAACGCACAGGAUUUCCAAGUCCAGGUCAAACAGCUGAAGGAGGCUGAGGCGAUCUAUGAAAAGAUAAAGGAUAAUCCUAUUUUCGCUGAUCCGGAGAAAGCGGAUUUAGCAGCACGAAUAAAAAAGGUUGGGGAAAACAUUGAAGGACUAAAGGCAGAGCUCGCUUUAUUCACCAGCGAGUCUAGUUCCAAGGCAGCUGAUGAAGCACGAGCCGCCAUGGAUGCGGUGGACAAACUGCUAGCUGAGGCAACCACUGCACGGAAAGAAAGCAUGAACACGUAUCAAGAGCUGGAGAACUUGGAUAUCAGUUAUAAACAACUGGAAGAAAAGAUGGCGGAAUUGGACAAACUGAUGAGUAGACUUGAUACUGGGACAAAACCACCUGAACCUGGAUCAGAGGACGAAGAAGAGGUUGGAACAGACGUGGCUGAUCCAUCCAAGCUGUUGGAAGAAGUACAGCUCUACAUGGCAGAACUAGAGGCGAACAGUGAAGCAAUUACCAGUAUAACGGAUAAUCUGAAGAAGCUAGAGGCUGAAAGCGAUGUAUUGACACAAGGUCUGAACGAUUAUGUGAGCAAGUUCCAAAAGUUGAGUGAACACCUGUCCAAGCAAACCAAGUUCCAUCGUGUCUGUGAGUGAAAAUUAACUUCAUCGCACAACGGUGUACAGGAUGAAGGCCCGAAUUGUGGAAGUUAACGCCUCACUUUUCAUGUCUCCUAAUCCGGUGGUGUCGUUUUCUCGUCCUCUGGAUAUGCGAUCAUUCUUCUAUACUACCUUUAUAUGCACACGUUUUACGCAUUUGCACGACACCGCUGAUCAAUCAUGCAAACUGCUCUACUUGUAUCCUUGUUUUGUAUUAUGCCCCACUGAUUUCACUAGGUGAUUCCCUGUAAAGCCGUUUUCUUCUCUGAAAAGGACCACAUCGUGUUGGACUCAGUCUGUGGGUGCAAGUUCCGUCGGGUCUUUCUUUGCUUAUUGCCUUUUUUAUUACGGAUAGAAAUUCAUAGGAGAUUUAGCCAUAAAAAUGUGAUUUUACUUUUCCCUUUGUUUUCACUGUAUUUCAAAAUGAAAAAGCUAUGUAGCGGUAAGAAACAAAGUCUAAC